AUACUUCCAAAUCUCUCAAAUAUCUUUUUUUUUGUUCAUAUUAUUUGUUAAAAGUUUAUAGUCACUAUGAUUUUUUCUUGGAGCCGUAAAAAGAAGCUUUCAAAAUUGAAUUCUUGUAAAGAACUUACAAUUCCAUCUCAUUUUCUUUGUCCAAUUUCUCUUGAUUUAAUGAAAGAUCCAGUGACAUUAUGUACUGGAAUUUCAUACGAUCGUGAAAACAUCGAAAAAUGGAUCGAGGCACGGAAUUCAACGUGCCCCGUGACGAAUCAACCCUUGAGAAAUUUCGAUAUCAUACCGAACCAUGCCAUAAGGAAAAUGAUUCAAGAUUGGUGUGUGGAUAAUAAAAAUUAUGGCAUUGAAAGAGUUCCAACUCCAAGAAUUCCAAUAGAUUCGUCUGAAGUAACGGAGAUUUACUCGAGGCUAAUGAUUGAAUCUCAACGAGGAAACGAGAAAAAAUGUAAGGAGUUAGUAGGACGAGUCAGGAUUUUGGCUAAGGAGAGUGAAAGAAACAAGAAAUGCAUAGUGGAAUGUGGGGCAGGUUCUGUUUUUGCAACAUGUUUCGAGAUUUUCUCGAAUGUUAGCGUGGGAAUAUUACAGGAGGAACUAUUGAAGGAUUUGUUAUCUGGGAUGACAUGGAUGUUUCCGAUUGGUGAAGAGGGGAUAUCGAAACUCGGGUUAUCGACGUCUUUACGUUGCAUGUCACGGUUCAUGAAAGGUGAAGAUUUAUCAGCAAGAAAAAAUGCAGUUAUAGUCAUGAAAGAAUUGCUCUUUUAUGACCAAAGUUGCACAAAUGUCCUAAUAGAAAUCCAAGAUUUGACUGAAUCGUUGUACCAAAUGGUGAAAGUACCGAUUUGCCCUUUGGCUACGAAAGCUUCGUUAAUGGUAAUUUACUCUAUUAUUUCAUAUACAUCAAGUGAAAAUAACAACAAAAUUGUGGCUAAAUUUGUCAACAUGGGGUUAGUUUCUUUGAUUCUUGAAAUGCUUGUGGAUUGUGAAAAGAGUAUAACAGAGAAGGCAUUGGCUGUUUUGGACAUUAUUUGCAAUUUCCAAGAAGGGAAACAAAAGGCUUAUGAACAUGGAUUGACUAUGGCAAUACUAGCCAAAAAAAUCAUAAGAGUUACAGAAAUGGCCACUGAAUGUUCAAUUUCAAUUUUGUGGAAGCUUUGCAAAGGUGGAAAUGAGAAUUCAAUAAUUGACGCAUUUGAAUUAGGUGUAUUUCAGAAACUAUUGGUGGUUUUACAAGUGGGAUGUGGUGAAAAAACAAAGGAAAAAGCUACUGAAUUGUUGAAAUUGAUGAAUCUUUACAAAGAUAGAGUGGAUUGUUUUGAUGGAUUAACUUUCAAGUAUCUCAAGAAGUCAUAUUGAAUUGAAAUUUAAGUUGUUCGUACUCUUUAAAAAUAUUGUAGUGGUGUAAGAUCAUGUUUGUUACUUUUGAAAGAUCCGCCGCACUAUGAUAUUAGUGAUACUUUUGAAGAAUUUGAGCAACAUAGAUUGAAACACAAUUUUUGUAGUACUUAGGAAUUAAUAUGUAUAGAUAUACAAAAAAAAGG